UUCCCAGUUGAUUCCUGACCCUUGAUAUCACUUUGGUCGCUGCUGUCACUCUUUCUAAGUAUGUUUAUAGAAAACAUUCCUUAUUUUUAUUUAUUUCUAUUUCUGUUUUAAGCUUCAGCACAGCAGAUGCGUUAGCUCACCGCCCCCACCUGCGUCUCUCCAAUUUCAGUAUUGGUCAUCUCCCUGCCGAUUAAUUUCCUUUCAGAAAACCCUAAUUCCACACUCUCUCUUUUUUUUUACAUUACUUCAAAAGCAGAGAAAAGCAAAGUGGAGGAGGAAAGAUGUUAGCAAUAGCAAGGCAAAGGAUGUUGGGGCAAUCAUUUAAGAAGAUUCUGCCUGCAGUGUCAGUCUUGAGAAGUUACUCAUCUGCUGCAAAACAGAUUACAGUGAGAGAGGCAUUAAACUCUGCUCUUGAUGAGGAGAUGUCGGCUGAUCCAAAAGUCUUUUUGAUGGGGGAAGAGGUUGGAGAAUAUCAAGGUGCAUACAAGAUAACCAAGGGACUUUUGGAGAAGUAUGGACCUGAAAGGGUUCUUGAUACUCCAAUUACUGAGGCUGGUUUUACUGGGAUUGGGGUUGGUGCUGCUUACUAUGGUCUGAAGCCAGUAGUGGAGUUUAUGACAUUUAACUUCUCCAUGCAGGCAAUUGACCACAUUAUUAACUCUGCUGCAAAGUCCAACUAUAUGUCUGCUGGCCAGAUAUCUGUACCCAUUGUUUUUAGAGGACCUAAUGGUGCCGCUGCUGGUGUUGGUGCCCAACACUCUCAGUGUUAUGCAGCAUGGUAUGCUUCUUGUCCUGGGUUGAAAGUAUUGUCACCAUAUAAUUCUGAAGAUGCUCGUGGACUCCUCAAAGCUGCUAUUAGAGAUCCUGAUCCAGUUGUUUUCCUUGAAAACGAGUUGUUAUAUGGUGAGUCAUUCCCUGUUUCUGAUGAAGUUCUUGAUUCCAGUUUUUGCCUUCCAAUUGGGAAAGCUAAGAUUGAGAGAGAAGGAAAAGAUGUGACUAUUACAGCUUUUUCAAAAAUGGUGGGCUAUGCACUUAAGGCAGCUGAGAUGCUUGAAAAGGAUGGAAUUUAUGCUGAGGUUAUAAAUUUGCGUUCUAUUAGGCCACUAGAUAGAUCCACAAUUAACGCAUCAGUCAGGAAAACCAACAGACUAAUAACAGUUGAAGAAGGGUUUCCCCAGCACGGUGUCGGUGCUGAAAUCUGUGCAUCUGUUGUGGAGGAGAGUUUUUCAUAUCUUGAUGCACCAGUUGAGAGAAUCGCUGGAGCUGAUGUUCCCAUGCCAUAUGCAGCAAAUCUUGAGAGAAUGGCUGUGCCACAGGUUGAAGAUAUUGUCCGUGCUGCAAAGAGAGCAUGCUACCGAUCUGUACCAUUGGCUGCUACUGCCUAAUUGAACCAAUCCAGGAAUUAGAGGGAUACGGAUUUUUGCCUUUGUCGACACUUGGGUGCAGGAAGAAGUGCUUUGACUUAAUAACACAGAAAUUGUUAGAAAUGGCUGGAAAUUUUGACUUAUUUGUCAUUGGACCAUAACCUUUCCCACAUUUUAAGUAGUUUUCUCUACUGUUUCUGAGCUUGUAUUUCAAAUAUUAUCGCGCUGAAUCAUUCAAUGUUCGUGGAGGAUGAUUACAACUAAUACGAAGUAAUAAAAGAUUACCACUUGGCUUUACAA